AUGCAGCCCCCAUCUGACUCUAUCCGCCAUCAUCUACAAAAGCUCGCUGAGGCCCGCGCAACUCGCAAUCCAUCUUCUACGCCUCUUUCUACACUUUCUCCCACUGCAGCACCACCUCCUUAUACACUUUCUGUGACCAGACCUAGUGGCACCAGAAUUAUGAACAUCGAUCAAUACGAUAGUGAGGAUCCGUAUGCCUCUCCAAUAAAUAUCCAGAUUGAUGGUUUAAUCAAUGUGGUGGGAGAUGGCAACACUAUCACAUUGCCAUCGUCCUGGCUGGGGUCUCCAGCGACCCCAACGGUCUCCGAGACGCCGAGCUCAAAUCCUCGCCUCUCAUCUCUGGCGGCCGUCAUCAUCGCCGCACUCAACCGGGCUAAUAGUCUCUAUGACGAUCUUGGAAACCCGAGGCCCCUGAACAUUGAUAUCAAGGCUGGGUUCAGGGUACAUGGCUGCCACAACACUAUUCAUACUAUGGAUGCGGUUCCUUCCAAGGAGUCCGUUGACUCUGCAGCGGGCCCUGACAUUGAGCAUGAAACUGAGACUGCCAAUGUCGAGGGCAGCGAGCGCAAGCGUCGCGCUAGCUCGGUUAGUACUCUGAUUCGUCAAAGAUCUCCUAUGAAGCUCAACCACUGA